AGGACUCACGCCGCAUUACAGUAUGACAUUGCCGGGGUUUGUGAUGCUGCUAUGCAUCCUGGGAGCUCAAGCCACCGUGGAUCUGAGAAAUGCUGCUGCUAUGGCUGCAGGCUUGUGUAACACCAAGCCCACCGAUGUAGUGUUCAUCAUCGACAGCUCUCGAAGCGUCCGCCCCGCUGAGUUUGAGCAGGUCAAGGUCUUCCUGGCCAAAGUGAUUGACGGCUUGAACGUCGGACCUGAUGCUACUCGUGUGGGCGUCGUGAACUACGCCAGUCGGGUGAAGAACGAGGUCUCUCUAAAGUCCCACAAAACCAAGGCUGCGCUUGUCAAGGCCGUGUCCAAGAUCGAGCCACUGUCCACCGGUACCAUGACAGGCCUCGCCAUCCAGUUCGCCAUGAACGUGGCCUUCAGCGAAGCCGAAGGAGCAAGAAAAACCCCAGGCAUCAGCAAGGUGGCAAUUAUCGUGACUGACGGCAGACCGCAGGACAACAUCCGUGACAAUGCAGCAAGGGCGCGUGAGGCCGGCAUUGAGAUAUUCGCCAUCGGAGUGGGCCGCGUAGACAUGACCACGCUCAGGCAAAUGGCCAGCGAGCCUCUGGAGGAUCACGUGGACUACGUGGAGAGCUACAGCCUCAUUGAGAAGCUCACCAAGAAGUUCCAGGAGGCCUUCUGUGAGGUUGUGUCGGACCUAUGUGCGACAGGCGAUCAUGACUGUGAGCACAUUUGCAUCAGCACACCCGGAUCUUUCAAGUGCGCCUGCAGAGAUGGCCAUACACUCAUGAACGACAGCCGAUCAUGCAGCGCUUGCAGUAACGCAGCCACAGAUGUGGUCUUCUUGAUCGACGGGUCCAAGAGUGUGAGACCAGAGAACUUCGAGCUGGUCAAGAAAUGGAUCAACCUGAUCAUCGACAAACUGGACGUGUCAGAAACCAACGCCCACGUGGGACUGGUGCAGUAUUCCAGCUCUGUGAAGCAGGAGUUCCCUCUGGGACGCUACAACAACAAAAAGGCCCUGAAAGAUGCUGUGAAAAAGAUGGACUAUAUGGAGAGGGGAACCAUGACUGGCCAGGCCCUCAAUUUCCUGGUGGACAACAGCUUCGCUCCCAACCAGGGCGCCAGACCUGGAGUGGCAAAGGUCGGUAUUGUCUUCACUGAUGGCAGGUCGCAAGACUACAUUGGAGACGCCGCCAGGAAGGCCAAGGAGAACGGCUUUAAGAUGUAUGCUGUGGGCGUUGGUAAUGCUGUUGAGGACGAGCUGAGAGAGAUUGCGUCUGAACCUGUCGUUGACCAUUACUUCUACACAGCUGACUUCAAAACCAUGAACCAAAUUGCCAAGAAGCUGCAAAUCAAUGUUUGUCAAGAGGAAGAUCCCUGUGAAUGUAAUUCCAUUGUCAAGUUCCAGAAAAAGGUGGAGGAGGCACUACUGGCAUUAACAAAGAAAUUGGACGCUGUGACGAAAAGGAUCGCUGCUCUAGAGAACAAGAUUGUUUGAGAAGGAGCCAACCUCUAAUUCUUACACUACCAUCCCUUUCUUUUCUUGUAAAAAAUGCCUCCUGUGACCUCUGACCCUAAUGCUUAAGAUCCACUCCAUUUCUUUCUGCUACUCUGCCUUCAUCACUAUUGUCCACGGGGAUGGAGCACUGAUUGUCAUGGUGAGCAUGGUUUACCUGACCACGCCUGCUCUGAAUUAUGGUCACCAUAAAAGCGGAAGGUGUCCGUUUUCAAACAACCGUACCCCCCCAACAAAACUCUGUAUGCUUGAGUAAAAAAUAUAAGAAGAUCUUCACAUACAAGUCUUCCCUGUGGGGAGGCGGUGCGAUCCAGCUUCAUUCUGUCUUUGCUUUUCUCAAACACAGUCUUUCAGAUUCUGCCCCGAAAGUAUUAUUUUAUAAGGAGUAUAUAUAUAAUGGUAAUUUAAUAUAAGUUUUGACUUGAAAUAAAUGUGUGAAUGCUUGAUUAUUUUCUCAAAUAAAACACUCCAUGAAGCACACACAUACGCAGACACAACACACACACACACACACGUAACUCACAGGCAAACAUUCACUGGUUCGGCAAGUGCUAAACAUGCUGCUUGUGAUGAUUCAAUAAAAUCCCAUUUUGUGUCUGUG